AUGGGGCCACAUGUCAAAUUGUUGGCCUGCACCCCCUGUCGGCGCCGCAAGGUCAAAUGCGACCACAAGACGCCUGUCUGUAGCAACUGCCUGAAAUACGGGCAAGAAUGCGUAUGGCCUGAAUCAAGGCGGUAUCCAAGCCGUCGUCAACAAAGACGGUCAUACCAGGACAUCGUUGCGCGACUGGCGAAGAUGGAACGGUUGGUGCAAGAACUCCAGCUCGAUCCGAUUACGGAUUCCCCCAAUCUCGCAACCAAAGGCUCAGACACAAGCACCAUGAACAACGUCGACGAUUCUGAUGACUGUCAACGUUGCCGCACUACCGCGCAAGGGACGUCGGAGUCAGUCACACCAGCAAGGACACCGUUCUUCUCCGGCGCCCCAAGUGAAGCCAGGACAGCUUCCACAGGUGCUUGCUCCAUAUUCUCGCUUAGGGGCAUUCGUAAGAUCAACGGCCUUGUUGGGGACGAUAGCUUUGCUAGAAUUAUAAGCAGCCUUGAAACCCCGAGCCUUGGAACUCGGCGGAUCCUUGAUUCGUCCAAUACACCUCAUCCUCUCCCCCCGAACGAUGUCAUUAUGGAUUGUGUAAAUGACUUCUUCAUGACCCAGAACCAUGACAUACGCCUCUUCCAAGAAGACGAAGUACGAGCCGCCAUUCAGACCUACUUCUACGACCAGCCACCCAGCGACUCGGGAUGGUAUAUGGCUGUCAACAUCAUCCUCGCACACACAUUGCGCAAACGAAGCCGUAUGGGAAACUCAUUCGAAUAUGAAAAGUACCUGCAAAAUGCGAUGAGAAAGGUGCAGGAUGUUAUCUUGCAGAGACCUACAACACUUCACGUGGGUGCUCUGUUGUCGAUGGUCCUCUACUUUGUUUUCACGUGGGAUAAUCAUAUUGCUAUUACUCUCUUGAGCCUCGCAGUUCAACCCAUUUUGUUGUCUGGCUAUCACCGUAGCAAUCAUCAUCCGGGUCUUACCGCGGCAGAAUCUCUUCACCGUCGUCGUCUCUUCUGGCAAGCCUAUAUCGUGGACCAUGACUUGAUGCUUCGCACGGGGAAGCCUCCACUCAUCGGCGACGAGUUCCUGCUCCAGCUCCCUGACGAUCAUCCUCCCGAUGGGUAUGGAAUGUACUACUACCCCAACAAUGUUUCCCUCAACUUUUUCCGUCAGCAAGUUCGCCUAGCCCAGAUACAGGGCAGGAUCUCCUCCUCGCUCUACUUCGGGAAUAUCACUCCAUCCGAGUCGCAGAUCGACCAACUUGACCGGGAGCUGCAAGAAUGGCGCGACAGCAUCCCCGAGAUGAUCCGGCCUGAGCCGACAGAGGCACUGGUGGAUGCAGAUUAUAGUAGACUGAUGUGUUUGACCACGUUGCAUUUUACGUACUUCCAGCUCAUCGUUGCCAUUCAUUCUGCUGCGUUCCGGCUUCGUGCAGCAGAUGAAGGCAACGAAGCUGAGAGCGGCGCUAUUAUGCCCAGUGUUGCCCUCUGCAAUGACCAUCCAUUUACCAUAUACCUACUGUAUCAAGUCGCCUGGAGCGUUGACAUUCUCUUCAUCAGCAUCCUGCAGAACAAAACAACGCAACGAGCUUUCCAGGAUCUUCAGCUCAUUAACAACAUUGUCUCCUUCUUCGAGAGAUACGAUCCCAACCACCAGAGUGUGUUCUCGUAUUAUAUUAUCAAGGCUCUCGCUACUAUCGCCUCUCGUGCCCUACAGAACGGAGUAGAGCUCCCACUGGAUUGUUUGAACCCGUGUUCGACCGGAAUGGCGCAGACAGUUGUUGCGGCGUCAACAGCAGUAACUAGCAACGACACCAAUAGUCUCGCCGUCCCUAUACCAAGCCCUUUGAGAGGGGAAAGUCUAGCCUCAGCCGAGCAGGAGCAAAUGAACCUGGAGGACCUCAGCUUCACAAACGAUGGUGGCUGGUUCACUGGCCUUCUAGACUGGAAUAUUCCAUUAGAUUACCAGCCCGAAGUGUGGCAGGACUUUUUGAGCUUUGAUGCCAGAGAUAAACAAUAA